AUUGAAUGUAUUAAUCGUACUAAUACGUAUGUAGCUGUACUUCAUGUUGCUGCGGAAAAAAUUUCAUGAUAUAUGGUACGUACGUACGUGAUUACUGUCAUUACUGUAACACAGUAUCGUUUGGCAUGUCCCAAACUGGAAGAAAAAAAUAGUUCUACGGUUGUACUUUUUAUUGAAUAGCUCUAACUAUUGCCCUUAAAAAUAAGUAGCGUGUUGUCAUCGGAAGAUAAAACAUCGACAGGAUCGCCAGAAAUACGACAAUUUGACAUGUCGAUGAUGACGUUCUUGUUUUUUAGAACACUUCUUUGUUUUUGAUUCUCACUCCAAUAAUUAUAUCUCUUGUUUUUCGAGAAAGAACUUUCUGUUCGAACUUGGAACGGUCGUUCGUAAUUGAUGGGUUUCGGUCGUGUAAAAUAUUUUCCACUUGUCGCAUCGCUCUUCAUACCGAAACGAAUUACGUAUUGGUUACAGCGCAUUCUCCUUUCUGUCUUGAUUUCUCGCCUAUUUCUAAUCCACUUAGUGGCAGUAACUCUUCACAGCAGUUCCCGAAUAGUUUUCUAACUCAAUAGACAAUCGAAAUAGAACAAAAACGAACGAAAUUUCUAAUUUCUAAUUUGACCAUGGGAGAAUCAAAAUCAAAGAAAACAGUGACCCCGGAAGGGGCAGAUCUGAGUGAAGCGAUUAGUUUUGUUUUGAAAGACGUGAGUUGAAUUGAAUGCGGGCAAUCGAAUUCAACAUCAGAUGUCAAUAUUGAGUACCCCGUUGUUCUACAAUCUCUCCUAACCCUUUUCUUUGAUGACCGUUCAAUUUCUUCCGUCGCAAAUUGCGGUUUCUUUUCUGCUCUCCGUUCAAUGAAUUGAUUAGUAUAACAACGGCCCAGUGGACGCCGCAGCGGUCACCAAGAUGCUGAAAGCCGAGCAYCCCACAUGGAAACUAACGGAUCGCCGCGUCAACAAGUUUCUAAAGCAGCACAACACGAAGAACCCGGCCGAAGCCGACGACGACGAAGCCACCGCGGAGGAUGGCGCCGACGAUGUUCCGGCAAAAACCUCCCCCAAGAAGUACCUGUCGCCARGAAAGUCCUUAAAGCGGUUCUUUUCUUCCAAGAACAAAAAGAAGGACACAGUCGACGAUCUCGACACGGCUUCCGUUCCGUCAGAGCCCGAGAAAGAGCCGUUCGUCGCCGAGGAGAUCCCUCCCAUCGAGAAGGAAGAAGACCUCGACUCCGCCGAAGAAACAGCAGAGGAAGAAGAGCCAUCGCCAGAACCGGUUGUUUCGAUUGAGGAAGAGGGAAMAGUCGACAAAGAAAUCGCAUACGAAGUUGAUAACGAGAAGGUAGACAGUAGCUACGAUUGCUUUAAUCCAUGCUCGAUAAUGUGAGAGGUGUUGAUUGUCGAWGGUGCGCUGCAAAACAAAACAUUCUUCUCGGUCGACGCUUCUUCAAUAUGAUUUGUCUAUCUCUACCUUUCAGUCAGUGACUAGAACARAUAAAAUCUUUGAGAGGAAGCAAAGGGGCGAAAUUGAACGACUUCUGCAGCAAUGUUGGAUUGAAAAUUCUAKUUUAGGGAAAUGGGAGGGAAGGAAAAAACAAUGAUAAAUUUGUGUACUGUGCACACCAUGGCUCGUGCAACACACCUUUUGUAUUUUACUGUACCCUACUGUACGGGCGUGACGCAGAGAAAGCAAAGAAURUAUGUAAAAACAAUAAUACUGUUAAUAUGUG